AUGGUGGGUGGGUGUGGGGGUGGCGGUGGUGGAAUGAUAAUAUUAGUUGAUGGUGGUGGCGGAAACGGUGGUGGUGGAAACGGUGGCGGUGGUGGUGGAGUAUAUGUUUUCGAUGGGAUGGAAUCUGAUUCUGAGACAGAGGUGGUUUAUGAUUCUGACUCAAAUGAAAAGAUUAUUGAGCAAAAUGAUUGGGUAAUUCAUUCUAAUCCUGAAUUUGACCAAAAUGCUAAAAUUUAUGCUUUAAAGAAGCAAAUAUCUAAGCUUGAGGUGGAGUUAAAAUCUGAAAAUAGAUCCAUGGAACAAGCUCAAAAUGAAUUUUCAAUUAAAGUCAAAGAGCUUAAUGAUGAAAUUUCUGAAUUGAAGAUGCGUUUGGUUUGCAAAGACAAAUUGCAUGAGUCCAACUUGCAAAAGAUACAGGAUCUCGAAAAGGAUUUAAAUUCCAGUUUUGAUGAAAGAACCAAGCUCAUGAGUCAAAUCAUGAAGCUUGAGAAAGUUAUCAAACAACCUUUAAGUUUAGAUUCUAAAAAUUCAGAGAUUCCUUUUGAUGAAAGUAUUUUUGAAGUAGGAGAGUCUUCAAGCUUAAAUUCUAAAAAUGAUUUUUGGACUUCUCCGAAAUCUGAAAAAUCUGACAAGUCUAGGUGUUCAACUGUCAAAUCUUCUGUGAAUUCAAACUUUUUUUUUCUGUGA